GGUGUACCAGUUAUUUUAGCACCUUUUUGCUUAGGCCCCCUAAGGUAGGUACCUUGUAAAGAGGAGGUUGCAUAUAUGCUUUAUAAUCCCCAUAGGAACCUUAGGAGCUGUUCGAAUUCGACUAUAUAAUCGUACCAGCAUCCCACCCGUCAACAAAUAUUAGGGGAUCGCUCAUCUCAUUGAAUGAUACUUCCUAAACCUAACAUCACUCUUAAAUUUAUUUCACUAUUAAUUUUAUACCUCUUAUUCAUUCAGAAUGGCGCGCAAGAACCACUCGUUCCACCUUGCCGAAAGACCCGAGGGCGAUAUCAUCCCGGGACGAACUUUCAAAUAUGUAGAGACCGAUGCACCUACCGCCGACCAGCUAAAAGAUGGGCAGGUCCUCGUAGAAACUCUCUACUUGUCUCUGGACCCUGCUAUGCGCUCCAUGCUGCAUGACUUCCGGUCUUAUAUGCCACCUGUUGCCAUUGGGGAGCUAAUGCGUGGAGGCAUUGUUGGCAGGGUCCUCGCAAGUAAGAGCUCUAAGGCUAAAGCAGGAGACUUAAUCUACAGUUUUGCUGGAUGGACCGAGGUUAUCAUCCUAGACGAUGAAAAAUUCGAGACGCUCAACUUGCCAACUGGCACUAAGGUCACUGAUGCGCUAGGUGGGCUUGGCUUAACUGGGUUAACGGCUUACUUUGGAAUCAAGAAAAUCGGCCAACCCAAGCCAGGAGAGACUGUUGUUGUUUCGGGAGCUGCAGGCGCGACAGGUUCCGUUGCGGGUCAAAUUGCUAAGAUCUGGGGUGCUCGCGUGGUGGGCAUCGCCGGCUCGGAGGAGAAGUGUAGGAUCUUGACGGAGGAGCUCGGCUUCGACGUCGCGCUCAACUACAAGUCGCCGACGUUCCGCGACGACUUCAUCAAAGCUACGCCCAAUUUUAUCGAUGUCUACUUUGACAAUGUGGGCGGCGAGAUUCUCGAAAUGGCACUCGAACAAGCUGCGGUACACUCGCGUUUCGUAAUGUGCGGCAGCGUCAGCGGCUACAACAAGCUCGGCCAAGGACCCGGAGGUCUUCCAGGUAUAACUGGGAUUCGAAACCUCCUCCAGGUAACUGUCCAGCGUAUCCGUAUGGAAGGUUUCGUCGUCAUAGACUACGCCAGCGAGUUUAAAGAGGCACAACAGCAACUAGGGCAGUGGAUGGUCGAGGGCAAGGUCAAGACCAAGGAGACUAUUGUCAAGGGCGGCCUCAAAGUGGCGGAGACUGCGAUAGGCCAGUUGUUCACUGGUGGGAAUACCGGGAAGCUGAUCGUGGAGGUUAAACCGUAUGACGAGGUGAGUGGUUUCUAGAAUUUGGCUAUAGGGGCUUUACUGAUGAGAAAUAGUAAUUAGGGCAAAUGAAACUUGUGAAAUAAUAUGUGGCUUAUAGGUCUCUGGCUUCGUUAUCCAGAGAAUAAAUCAGUUAAAAAGUUCUACUAUAAUUAAGAGUUGUGCUAUUUGCAGAUUA